AUGAAUGUCGGCAGCGUCUCUGCAGUGUCCGGCUACUGUCGCAGGCUUUCACAUCAACUCCGCACAUCCUACUUCGAUUCACAUGUUUCGAAACACACAUCUAUCAUCAUGAACGCGAUUUCAUCGCCGACUGAACCCAAGAUGUCCGUGUACGCAAUAUUACUCUGUUCUUAAAUUAUGAGUCUAAUUAUCACAAUUGCACUGGCCAAUGUAGCCGUCUUUCAGCUCCUUCAGCUUUGCGCGUUUACAGCAUUUUUGGUUACGGAAUUGCACAUUUCUCCGAAGAGGCUUUUAUUCUUUUUUUCUCCGGAUUAAAGGCAUCUUCACAUCAGUCGGAUCGUGGAAGAGAUUCGACUCUUUUCAUUCGGGAGUGGGGUUUAAUAUGUCAAGACGAAAACAGACCAACCCUUUCAAAGUGAAUUGUAGGUAUCUCAGGGUCUUUUCCCACAACUGGGUUCUCUGGCCCUCAGCACGCUUUUGAAAUGGAUGCUAGAAAUGACUUCACUGUGGAUGGCGAAUGCCAUAGCAACAACUCGCAGGAUCCUGAAGAGCAAGACAGCACAAGUGACGAUGGUGACAGUGAUUUUGACAAAGACGACGACUCAAAUGGCUCUGCGGAUGACAGCAUGACAAGUAAUAAAAGCAGCCAGUGGUGCAUACAGCAGGAGGAUGUCAAAGAGGAGUGUGAGGAAGGCACAGACCAAGGGAGCAGUUAUGUCUGUCCUCUGUGUCCCCUGGAGUUCAGUAGUCCAGAGCAGCUCAUCUCACACGUCUACCAGCACACAUCGGUGGGCGGCAGUAAGAGUUUCAUCUGUCCUGUUUGUGGACGAGCUCUCAGCUCUCCGGGCUCUCUCGGUCGCCAUCUUCUCAUCCACUCAGAAGACCGCCUGUCCAACUGUGCAGUAUGUGGCGCCCGCUUCACGGACACCAACAACUUCAACAGGGAAAAGUUGAAGGAGUUUCUCAACACGAGUAGUAUGGAGAUCAAUAGCAACAGUGAGGCCUGCUCGUUGCCCAACUCUCUACUGAGAAGCCCCAUGACUACCCCCAACACCAAUCCUGGUCCCGCGUUGAACUCACUCCCAGACGGCCUCCUCUCAUCUGCACCUCCUCUUCCUUCCCUGUCCGACAGCAGCCUUUCACCCGUCAGCCCCUCCAACACGGGUCUGCCCCCUCUUCCGGACCUUCUGAACCCGAUGCCCGUGUAUCCGGCCGGUGUUCUGUUAGUCUGCAACAGCUGCAUAGCCUACCAGCAACUCGUAGACGCCCAGUCGCCCACCAUGCGAAAAUGGGCGGUCCGUAGAAAGAACGAGCCUGUGCAAAUGAGGCAACAGCGAUUGGAACGCGAGCGCACGGCGAAAAAGACCAAACGGGCGUGCGAGACCGCGGAUGAGCGCGAGAUGCGACGUUUGCGAGACCGCGAGGCGAAACGAAUGCAGAGGAUGCAGGAGACCGACGAACAGCGAGCCCGCCGUCUACAGCGUGACCGGGAGGCCAUGCGACUCAAAAGGGCCAACGAGACGCCCGAGAAGAGGCAGACGCGGUUGAUACGCGAAAGGGAGGCUAAGAGGCUCAAGCGACGUCUGGAAAAGAUCGACCCGUCGUUGAGAAACCAGAUCGAACAUGACCCGGCAGCAAUGGCGGCUCUGACCGCCGAUAUGAAUCUGUUUCAGUUUUCCUUCCCCAUGUCUGUUUCCAAUAUGGAUAAUGGGUUGUUUAUGAAACUUCCAUAGUGAGCACUGCAUUUGCGUUCUUAAAGCUUGGAUGUAACUGUUAUGGUCUUGUCAGGUGUUCACACUGAAAGCGGUUUGCGAUAAAUCGUUGUGAAGUCAUUUCGUUUUCAAAGGGUUGGCUACAUAAAACCAAGGAUUUGUUGGUGGUACAACGGCGGUGAAGCUCACUGGAUCUUGCUCUUGAUGUACUGAAGAACACCUAAUAAGAACCAACAGCAAACCUUCAGUCAGUGUGACUGCACCUUAAUGGAUUUUUGUAACAUAAAAUUCAAAAACAUUCAUGAAAGACUCCCAAAAAAUGUUUUAAUGUCUGUAGGCAUGUUUUGGAGAUUCCUCUUCUCCAUUUUUAUGACUCACACUUGCAUUUAUCUUCAGAGCGGUUAGACGUUUCCAUGAUGUGCUCCUCUGGUUGCUCAUGGACCUCAGAGUGAGAUCUACACUCCAUAUUCUAUUCAAAUCACCAGUCUGAAAAAUUGGAGUUUUCCCGUUCACCUCCCAAAACCUGAGAUUGGGUUACUGGCUAGUAGGGCUGUAGUCAAGUCCACCAUUGUCGAGUCCAAGACAAGUCCAAGACCAGGACUAGUCGAGACCGAGUCAAGUCCGAGUCCAAAGAGGUUCGAGUCCAAGUCAAGUCCGAGUCCAAAGAGGUUCGAGUCCAAGUCAAGACCGAGUCCAAUUGAGACAGUCAAGACAGAGACAGAAAAAAAUCAUGACUACAAGACCACAUACUUAACUAUUGAUAAUUUAUGUGAUGCAAGAGACAGCAUAUCUUCUAUUCUAAGAUAAUCAUUUUCAUUAUUGUUUGUAAUGAUCAAAAAGCAGAUAAAAUAAGGUCAUUUUAUUUUUACUAUAUAGGUAUAGCACUAAAGUCACAAAGCCGAAGUGUAACUGUUUAUUACUUUUUUAAGGAACUUUUUUAUCAGCCCUCCUAACAGCAAGGUUGUGCAGCAAUGAACACUUUUGUGCAUGUGCGUGCGCGCGCCUGCCCGUGCGUGUUCGAUAGAGGAGCCGCUUGAAAGAGCAGAGGCUCAACGGCUCGUUUAUAAGCACGUUUAUAAGCACGUCGGUGCCCAUCCUUAAAUAACAUGUCCAUCACAAUGACAAUAAAAAUACGAUCAAUCUUAUCUUUAAGCCCUACUUUCCAAACUUUCUAAAAUACUCAAAUGCAAUGCUAACUCUGAAACAUGGCAUUAACUUACCUCUCUUUGUGAUGCCUUUGCAAGUGUCUUACGAAAUUGGAUGUUGUCCCACAUGUUUCGGGGAAAGUUUUGUUGCAAAAAGUUUCCUUUUAAGCGCACUGUCGAUACAUUUAUUAUGGUUUGUAAAACCAAUCUGUAUUAUGCCGCUGCUCGCUGACAUCGUGCCUGAUGAAUGAUUGACGCUGGUUCGCGCCGCGGACGAAUCGUUCAUUUGAACCGGUGGAACCAGUUCAGCUGAAUCGUUCCCGUUUAGCGUCUCCCGUAAACACUUAAUAUUAUCCACAAAUUAAUUCAGUUAUUGGCGUGCAUGACAGUCCCGCGGACUUGAACCAAUAUACCGGAGUUAUUUAGUUACAACAACAGCACACACUGAACUGAACUGCUGUGUGAAAAGAGAACUUAUAGCACGCGCAGCUCUCGUUCUAGAGUCGAGAGUCGGCAACAGUUUUCGGAUCAUUAGUUUUCGGAUCACAAGAAUAUUGCUCUAUCAAUGUUUUGUUUUGAAGGAGAAAAUAAAACAUAUAUCGCUGGACUCGGACGAGACCGACUAGAACAUUUUCGAGACCAAUGACCAAGUCCGAGACAAGUCCGAGUUCAAAUACCAACGAGUCCAAGACAAGUCCGAGACCAUUAAAAAACGUCUCGAGUCCGAGACCGGACUCGAGUACUACAGCACUACUGGCUAGCUCAUAUUCACAGAACCAACUACCUCACCAUGGGCUCUCUGCAUGGCCUCAAACAUUGACUGGAUGUCCCUUAUGCCAACGCAUACAAUAUUGAUAUUCUUUACAAGUUCUGUAACACUUUAUUUUCAUGCAAUGGCACUUCAAAGCCAAGACUUUCCCAAAUGGUCCGAACACAUGUCUAGUUAGCCAGCAUUUAGACCGGCAUUCCCUAACACCACGUUUUUGGUCACUAUGCACUCUCUCGGAACCAUUUUUCCAAACCUGCACUGGUGCAGAUUUUCCCAGUAGACUACCACCCGACUUUUGGAGAAGAUGACACUGGGGGCCUUUAGGGGAGACAUUGCCCUUUUCAAAAGAAGACGUUCCUUUGUUUCAAAGCACAUUCAGACACGCUUCUCUAUCCUCCCAAAGGCUUUCUACUUCACACACGGGCACUCAGGGAUGGUGAGGAUCACCAGUAUCUUCAUGGCCUGAGAACAUGAAACAUAAGAACUCCUCUUUUUCAUAAAUCAUCUUUAAGAUCAGGACACACUGCCUCACCUUUAAUGGUCACAUUGGCCUGUUUCUUUCCUUUUGUACAUUUUUCCACUUUUAAAUCUCUUCAGCUGAGCCGAGACGUGAGUAUGGAUGUUACACGACUCCAUUGUGUCUCAACUAACCAACCAGUCUUCUCAUCUGCUGCUGUCAUUGUACUGUAUGAUGUGUAUGUUACCUCUUUAAACCAGUGCGGUUGGGCGCUGGAACCGGGAAUACUUACGGCAACAAUACAAAGUGUUUUAAAAUGUGUUAAAAAUGUUGCCUUUGUCACUGGAAAGUUUUGCUAUGGUUUUAUAUUUAUAUGCAGUUAUGAUUUGGUUUGGUUUCAUGUUAGUGCUGUUUCUGACAUGUGCAAUGAUGUUAAGGUUUAAAGGGAUAGUUCACCCAAAAAUGCAAAUUCUGUCAUCAUUUACUCACCCUGGUUGUUUCAAACCUGUAUAAAUAUCUUUGUUCUGAUGAACACAGAGAAAGAUAUUUGGACGAAUGUUAGCAAUUUUCACUUCUGGGACAUCAUCAAUGAUCAUCAAUGGUAGUCAAUGAUGUCCCAGAAGUGAAAACAUUCUUCCAAAUAUCUUUCUCUGUGUUCAUCAGAACAAAGUUAUAUAACAGGUUUGAAACAACCUGAGAGUGAAUUUGCAUUUUUGGGUGAACUAACCCUUUAAGGAAUGCACAAACAAUGAAACAAUAAGGAGAAAGUCAUACAGCAUUAAUUCCCUCCUAUAUAGAGCAAUGAUAAUAUGUGUGUUAAAGAAUGAAAAUGGCAGAUGCAUUCAAAUUUAUAAAACUCGUUUCACUUUAAUUUAAAGGAAUAGUUUAUCCAAAAAUAACAGUUAUUGUUAUAACUGUUAUUCUUUACUCACCCUCAUGAUGUUCCAAGCUCAUAUGCUGUUAUGUUUAUUAUAAUGAGAAAAUCGUAUAUUUUUUUACAAAGUGGAGGUGUCACAAUAUACCGUAUAUAGUACCACAAUAAAUACCACAAUAUACCUUUAAUCAUAAUAUAAAAAUGUUAAUACCGCACAUUUGAUUGGGCGGUCAAAUGAUUAAUCGCGAUUAAUCGCAUACAGAAUAAAAGUUUGUGUUUACAAUAUGUACUGUGCAUAUCAAUUUUGUAUUCAUAAACAGAAAAACAUGCAUGUAUGUAUAUAUAAGAAAUAUUUCAAUGUAUUUAUUUAUAUUUACGAUAAUUGAAAUUAUAUAUAUAAAUGAUAAAUUUUUAUAUUUUUCUUAAAUAUAUACAUGUAUGUGUAUGUGUUUACAAAUACAAAAUGAAUAUGCACAGUACACAGACAUAUAAUAUGUGACCCUGGAUCACAAAACCAGUCUUAAGUAGCACGGGAACAUUUUUAGUAAAAGACAAAAAUACAUUGUGUGGGUCAAAAUUAUCGAUUUUUCUUUUAUGUCAAAAAUCAUUAGGAUAUUAAGCAAAGAUCAUGUUCCAUGAAGAUAUUUUGUAAAUUUCCUACCUUAAAUAUAUAAAAACUUUAUUUUUGUGAGUUGAUGGUCUGCCACAGUGCCCCUGAUUAACAACUUCAAAGGCGAUUUUCUCAAUAUUUUGAUUUUUUUGCGCUCUCAGAUUCCUGAGUUUUAAACGGUUGUAUCUCAGCCAGAUAUUCUCCUAUUCUCAUAUAUCUAUAGAACUCAUAUAUCUAUAGAAAUCUUAUUUAUUCAGCUUUCAGAUUAUGUAAAAAUCUCAAUUUUGAAAAAUUGACCCAUAAGACCACAAGGUUUUGUUGUCCAGGAACACAUAUGUAAAUACAAACUUUUAUUCUGGAUGGGAUUAAUCAUUUGACAGCCCUAAUUCUAAAUAAUUCAGCGCCAGUAGCCUAUCUGGUUUUGCACCUGUUUAACAUUUUGCCUUAAAGGGACAGUUCACUCAAAAAUGAACAUUCUGUCAUCAUUUACUCACCCUCCUGUCAUUCCACACCUUUAUGAUUUUCUUUCUUCUGCAGAACACAAAAGAAGAUAUUUUGAAGAAUGUAAAGAUUUUUUUAAGAACAGCAGUACCCAUUGACUUGCAUUGGUUUUGAGUCUAUACAAUAGAAGUGAAUAAGUACCACCAUUUUUCGGUAACCGACAUUUUUCAAAAUAUCUUUUUGAUGUUUGAAAUGACAAGAGGGGUGAGUAAAUGACGAAAGAAGGUACAUUUUUGAGUGAAUUAUUACUUUAAGCGCCACAAUGGUUACAAACUCUCUUUACCUCCCGAGUCCCUUCACACAUAUUUUCAAUGCGAGUUUCAAUGCGAAGUUAAUUUGACUAAUCUGUGGAUAUCACGAUAAUAUUUUUCUUGAAUUAUUUCGGCCACAAUAAGUGUUUAGUACAAGUUUGAUAUUCUGUCUUAAGAUGUCUUUCAUCAUCGCAGAGAUUCUUCUUUCAGCAUCUCAUACCAAGCGCACCCCGUUUUUGAGAUGCUGUUUCGCAUUCAAGCAAUUUUAGAAACCCCUCUGUUUCAUCACUACUGAUUAUUAAUUUUUUUUAGUUUGACUACAGAAAAUAACAGUUUAUGAGCUUGGAACUACACUAAGUUGAGUAAAUAAUGCCAGAACUGAACUUUUGGAGUGAAUAGUACUGUUUAAAGCAACACAGAGCCAGUGUUCACACUCUUCAGGGAAGUUAAAUAACAGAUAGCUUUCUUAUAGUAGACUGCACAUAAAACUUGGGUAGGAAAAAGAUUUUCACAUCUUAAGUUACAUCACCUUCAUGAUUUUCUCAGUGUUUUAUAUUGGCGUACGCCGAGGGUCUGUAAUGUUAUAAUGGACCACUGUAUAUCUGUAAGUACCUCUUGAACAGGGUAGACUCUGUAUGUACGGUAUGACUUAUAUUUCAUUCCAAUACGUUUUAUUUAUUAUUCAAAUUCUUCAUUACAGUGAUUAACACAUCUCAGUGUUUAAACAAUGGUUUUAUUUAGCAUCUUUAGAGAUACCUCAAAUACUCAAUGUUAAACAGCUGAGAGUUCCUGCAACCAUGUUAUAUAUGAAAAGUUUAAUUUCAAAAUGAGAUAACAUAAUGUUUUUUUAUUGUGCAUUCCAAUUAAUAUCAAUCAAACUGCAGUUGGUUGGCUUUUAUUUAAGCCAUCAUAACUAAAAAAUACAACUAAACAUGAUAACAUAAUAAUUUUUGUACAUUUUUAAAAACGGAGUUGUCUAACUUUGGAAACAAACUCUUCAAACAUAUACUGGACAAAAGUCCCAUGUUAUGUGCUGUUGUAAAGUAUUAAUAAUGGGGUCUUGAGUAAAAAUAUUUAAUGUUCAACUCUCAAAGGUGUUACACAUGCCACUAUGCAACUGAGAGCUGUACUCAAGAACAUUUGAUACUUUGUAUUAUGACUAUGCACUUCAUAUGAUGGUAAAUGGACUCGAAUACUCACAAACCUCAGGCAAUUUUUGACAGCCAAGCCAUCGGUCCUCGACUACAUAACGCUGGCCAUGGGAUCCAUCCUUAUUUUUCAUUGAUGUGGACUGAUAUGAUAUGUUAAUGUGUGCACAAAUGUCAUUUCUAUGACAAAUUCCAUCAAAUGUAUUCUGAAAGCUUGCAAGCGUGUUCUCUACAGUCCAGAAUGAAUUGCAGGCAGGAUGCAAUGUUUAUUUUAAAGAUGAAAUACAAAAGAAUAUUUUCACAUUUUUAGUAACCCUAUUUAGUCUCUGCAUUACUCCUAAACUAUAGUAUAUUCAUUGGUAUGCAUUGCCAUGUGACAUGUUAUGUACUAAAGCGUUUUCCUUUUAUACGUGUUUUGUGCAUAUAGGUCAGUAAGCCGCUGGGCAACGGGACUUGCAUGUUGUAAACCACAUGUUCUAGAUGCAUUUAUACGAGCCCAAUAAUUAUUUGCCUUUUUGUUACUCUACCUAGAUAUUUUCAUGAUGUUUACAAUCUCAGAAAGGCUCAAAUGAAUGCAACUUAAUAAGAAUAGCACUGUCGUGAUCUGGUCCUGUUGAGAAAGCCAUGCUCUGUUAUUGGGUUAACAGAUUGAAGCGCAGGAAUAGUAUGUGGAAUAAACACUGACUUUACUGCUAA